CCAGGCCCUGCAGUCGGGGAGGCAGUCUCCAGCACAGAGGAGGGGUGAGCAGACACAUCUCGCCUCUCACAUCAUCCCCCAUCCUCCCCUGUGUAACCAGGACGCGGCUCUUUGCCGGCUCUAGCUGGGGAGCCCGGGCUCUGCUGCACCGCCUGGUGUGAGCUGUGAUCACGGGGGCUGCGGUACCGGACUCUAUAGAUAUACAGCGCGGAGGCUUCAGGUUCCUUCUGCCUUCUCUGAAAAUGCUCAGCUGGCACAUUAUCUGGUAGAAGCUGAUUCUUGGCCAGGGUGGCCAUGACGUCCGCUGCUGAUGAAGAGGUGGAUAUUGCAGACUGGCUCUGUGCCAUCCAUCUGGAGAAAUACCAGAACAGCUUCAGGGAGCAUGGCUUUCACAGAGUUAGAGACAUUUUAUCAGUGGACAACGAGACCCUUCAGCAAAUCGGUGUUGGAGCCACCGGCCACAGGAAGAGAAUCAUAAGUCGACUGAGAAACAUUUCCGGUGACUCUAACUCAUAUUCCCCUUCAAACAAUAUGGAUAAAGUAGAAUUCUUUGACUAUCCGAACAAAGAGGAAAAAGAACCCAGCACGGGUAAUAAAAAUCACACAGAUGAAAAAAUAGUUUUUACAGAACCGGUUGUCAAGCCAGUACCAAAACCAAGAACGGUAUUCGGUAAAAGCACCGCAACAACAAAUAAGGAGUUUGCAGCAGCUAUGAUGUCCACCGCCACCACUGCCACAUCACCUGUUUGUUCAGAACAUAAUUCAGUCACGGCUAAAAAGGCUUCUGCUGUUCAGGAAACAACUGUUCCAAGAGGAAGCAGCUUGGAUUUAGAGAACUGUAAUUUGUGGACAGGGCUGAGGCCAGGAGAGGUGGAGAUGGAGGCUGGACCUUCUAGGUAUACAUCCGCUGGGGUUGGGAAACCAUCUCAUCCCAUUCCUUCUCUCCCUAUGCGUCAGAACAAAGAAACUUCACAGACUGGCUCAUCCUACCAGCAAUACAAGCUCCAGAUGGAAGCAGAUACCAUACAGGGUUCUCCAUUAUCGAUUUUACCUUCCUUUGCUGGAAGUACAGAGGAAGUCACCUCCUUUUCAACCAGUCCUCCAUCUCCACAGGAAACACUAACAAUGAUAUCCAAUGAGAUCUAUUCUGGGUAUGGUCCUAGGACUGACUCUCUCAGCUGUGCUGCAGACAUGAAAGCAACUCAAAUAUUUAAAUCCCCCGAAAUGAUUAAGCAAGAAACAACGUCCUCACCAGAAAGAGUAAAUUCCUCAGGUUCGGCUGACUUGGAUUCGCCUGCUAUUCCUGAAAGGCCUCUGUCUACUUUUGUGUCCUCGGAAACAAUCAACCCGUACUGUGAAACUCUCUUCAACCGCCUUCCCCAUGCACAAGACUCCAAGGAUUCCAAAAAUGGCAAAAUCCGGACAUGUUCUUCAAUGCCCAUGUUUACUCCGGGAGAAGAUAGGAAUCCUGCCAGGAAUAUUAAUGAAGCAGCCAAGGAGAGAAAGAGUGAUGAUGAAGAGGGAAAAACUCAGCGAAUCACGCAGAUUGUUCACAAUGAGCAGGAAGGUUACUCCACUGUGGACUCUCCUGCCGAGAACAACAGGUUUAGUCUCCCCUCUGACUUAUACAAAGAUGAAAUUCUGGAUGACUUGACCAUAUCACCAUAUGCCAGCUUCACAUCCAUCCACGACAAGUCACGGCCAGCACUUAAUGGUUGGUUGGAUAAGCUGUCCCCACAAGGGAACUAUGUCUUCCAAAGAAGAUUUGUAAGAUUUGAUGGCAAGAAUCUAAUGUAUUUCAGCAAUGACAAGGACGUAUAUUCUAAAGGUGUAAUCCCUCUGAACUCUAUUGAAAUGGCUCGUUCAACCAAGGACAACAAGUUUGAAGUAGUCACCAAACACAGGAUCUUCGUCUUUCGGGCAGAGAGUGAAGCGCAGAGGACUGAAUGGUGCUCAACCAUACAGAACAGAGUGAAGGAGCAGCGCAUGUUUAACCAGCGGCCUCGCUCCACCUGCAUCUUCUCUAGGGCCGGCUACCUAGAGCUGAAGGGCUAUAAGUCCAAGGUCUUUGUAGUCCUCACAACAGAUGAAUUAUGGGUUCAUAAAAACGAACAGUUUUUCAAAAUGGGCAUUGGGAUGUUUGUAAUCGAAAUGCACGGCUCCACCAACCGAGAUGGGCGCAACAAGACUUUCGAGUUGAUCACGCCACAUAAAACUUUCAGUUUCACAGCAGAAUCGGAGCGGGAGAAGAAGGAGUGGAUGGAGGCCCUCCUGGAGUGUAUAUCUGAGUCACUCUCAGACUAUGAAGUGGCUGAGAAAAUUUGGUCCAACAAAACUAACAAGACCUGCGCUGACUGCAAGGCCUCCAACCCUGACUGGGCCUCCAUAAACCUGUGUGUUAUCAUAUGCAAGCAGUGUGCAGGUCAGCACAGAAGUCUGGGGACAAAUGUUUCCAAAGUGCAGAGUCUGAAACUAGAUAUCAGCAUCUGGAGCAACGAGAUCGUGCAGCUAUUUAUUAUCCUGGGCAAUGAUCGAGCCAACAGGUUCUGGGCAGCACGUGUGCCACCGUCAGAGGUUCUUCAUCCAGAUGACUGUAUAGAGCAAAGAAGAGACUUCAUAGCACACAAAUACCGUGAUGGGAAGUACAGAGCUCCUCAUCCCCAUUACAGCACACAGGAGGAGAUACUCAAGGUGCUCUGUAAUGCUGUCGCAGGUCCUAACCUUCUGAAGACUGUGAUGCAGUUUUUCUCUGACGCUGAAACCAUGGCUGAUCCCAUUGAGAGCUCCACCCUCUCCUUACAAUCCGCUGAGAACUGGAGGGCGAGCACCCACAGCGUAAAUGUAGAGGGAAUGCCUCCAGAUGACGUUAACCAAUCGCGGGUCUACGAUGAAAUCCUUCAGCCUGUGGUGCAUUCUGGGUACUUGAACAAAGCCGCCGUUGUUAGCAAAACCUUCACAUCCAAGAAGAUGAAGGAUGAGUUUCACAAGCAGUGGUGCGUCCUGGAGCGAUCCCUCGCAUUUUAUGAAAACGACAAGAGCCCCGAACAGGUCGGAAAGAUCGAUCCAUCUGAAGUGGUCUCUCUGGGGGUGAAUAGGAUCGACACAUCACACAGCCCGGCACCUGUGGAAAGGUUUCGAUUCACUUUUGAGAUUUUUCUAACAUCUGAAAAAGUUCACCAGUUUGGAACCGAUGCUGCCGAAACCCUCCAGACGUGGACCAACGCCAUAGGGAAGUGGUUCACCCCCAUCAGCUGUCACUGCCUGUUGGGGUACGAGUUCCAGCGCGUGGGGAGAAUGCGUUACAAGGCCAUGCUGAAUCCCGACCAGUGGAUGGAAGGCUUCUUCCUCCUACAGAAGAGUCACCUCUUCAUCUGCCCUGAGAAGCAAGGAGCAGCAGAAGACAGUGUCAACCUGCGGAGCCUACAGGAACUCACCGUGGCCCCAAUCACAGAAAAUUCUGAUAAGAAAGACGUCUUAAUUCUGGUGGAGAAAGGAAGGACGCUGUACCUACAGGGACUUACACGCGCUGACUUCACGGCCUGGAGCAACGAUAUUCAGGCAGCCGCGUGCAGUGGGGGUAACAUGUUGCGGGAUCAGCAGCUCAGCAGGAAUGACAUUCCCAUCAUUGUAGACAGCUGCAUUGCUUUCCUUACCCAGUAUGGCCUCCGUCAUGAGGGAAUUUACCGUAAAAAUGGCGCCAAAUCUCGGAUAAAGCUUCUUAUGGAUGAAUUUCGCAAAGAUGCUCGAAAUGUUAAAUUGCGCAUCAGUGAUAACUUCAUUGAAGAUGUCACCGAUGUCCUGAAGAGGUUCUUCAGAGAGUUGGAUGAUCCCAUUUUUACAACAGAACUUCACCCCCAGUGGAAAGAGGCCGCAGAACACAAAGAAAAGGCAAAGAGAUUGGAAAAAUACAUGGAGUUGAUAAACCAUCUUCCAAAAGUCAACCGAGCCACCCUGGUCGCACUUAUUGGUCACCUCUAUCGGGUCCAGAAAUGUGCAGAUUUAAACCAGAUGUGCACCAAGAACCUGGCGCUGUUAUUUGCUCCCAGCUUAUUUCAGACUGAGGGGAAAGGAGAACAUGAGGUCAAGAUCAUGGAGGAUUUGAUCGACAACUAUGCCAGUGUCUUCUCUAUUGACGAAGAACAAGUGACGCAGAUGGACUUAGAGAACAGUCUCAUCACUACGUGGAAAGACGUCCAGCUGUCACAAGCCGGAGAUCUUAUUAUAGAGGUUUACCUGGAAAAGAAGGUCCAAGAUUGUUGCUUCACCUUGAAGGUUUCGCCGGUUAUGACUGCAGAAGUGCUCACCAAUCAAGUCCUGGAUAUGUGGAAUAUUCCAGCCAGUAUGGACAUCUGGUUGACCUUUGAAGUCUUCGAAAAUGGAGAACUGGAGAGACCUUUACACCCGAAGGAGAGGGUCCUAGAGCAAGCUCUACAGUGGUGCAAGUUGGCCGAGCCUAGUUCUGCAUUUCUGCUGGUGAAGAAGAUCUCCUUUGGAGAAGGAAGUUGUCUCUUCACAGGUGCAAAAAAAGAAAUCCCGAAAUGUGGCUUAUUAAAGUGCAGAGAGGAGUCUCCGAAGCUGCUGGGUAGUAAGUUCCAGGACAGAUACUUCGUGAUCAGGGAUCGCAAGCUGCUGCUUCUCAAAGAGAAAAAGAGUUCUAAGCCAGAGAGGGAAUGGUCACUUGAAAAUGCCAAAGUUUACAUGGGAAUCCGAAAAAAGCUGAAACCUCCGACCCCGUGGGGCUUUACAAUCUACAUGGAUAAACAGCAGUUGUGCCUAUGUUGCACAGCACAAGGAGAGAUGUGGGACUGGAUCACAAGUAUUCUUAAGGCUCAGCACGAUGACCUCCGCCCUGUGAUUUUAAGGAGACACUCUUCCUCUGAUGUAACGAAACAGAAAUUUGGCACCAUGCCUUUAGUACCGAUCCGUGGAGAUGACACCAAUGCCACCAUGGUUUCUGCUAACCAGCAGCUGCGUCGCCUCCACACACGAAGGACACUGUCAAUGUUCUUUCCAAUGAAGAUGCACCAAGACUCCCUGGAGGAGCUACAGGAAAAGCAAGAUGAGGAACAUGAGCCCUUGUAUGAGGAAGUUGGGAAUUUCCAGAGCGUUCAGCAAGCAGACUCAGACUGCGGACUAUCAUCAGAACAACUCCAAUUGCCCCCUCCCUUGGACCGGACAAAAAAGCCAGUACUAAACCCGGAACCCAUUAAACCAACCCCAACGAAACCCCAAUCCCCAGGGAAACCAGACCAGGACUGCUUCUCCAAGACCCAAUCUCUAGACAGGAACCUUUGUGUGGAUAAUCCUAAAAUGGUCCUGAGUGACAGCAUUAGAUCCCCUAUGCCCGACAGAGUCCCAGGUGCUUCUAUUAUGAAAUCUGCUUCCCUCGAAAGGCAGCUAGAGCCAAACCGAACUCAAUUGGGUUCCGCUAGAAGCCAGGUGGUCAAGAGCGCCCUAGACUUGAGCACGUUGCCGCUGUUUUUCGAACCACCGACCCCUUCGGAUCCAUCAAAGAUCCCGGCCUGGAAGAAGGCUUCACCGUUGUCCUCAAAUGUGCAAGACAAACUCCUCCAGGAACUCAACUCCAUGCUCAAUAAGAAAAACGAAGCCGGGUCUGGGGCAGAGCAACAAGUAACGUGACUGAACAGAGUAAAUGUUAUUAUGGCCUUCUAGGGUUUUGCGUAUAAUGUGGACCAUCAAAGGACUAAAAUGGUGUCUGCAACCAGAGCUUAGGUGGUGGCAACCAACGUUAUGAGUUUAGCUUCCACUUGUCUUUCGUGUGGUCUAGGUAUAUUCUUUGUAUAAACUCAUGGUCACAUAUGUCUUUAUGAUAGAACCAUGAUCCUGCACAAAUCUACCCAUGUAUAGAGUCCUUGUUGGGUGAACUAUUUAAGUCCUUAAGAACUAUUAAGUUAUAUAGUAUGCUGUCAUCUGAUGUCUCACAGCCUUAUGUACAGUAAAGGAAAAGCUGGUGUUGUAAGUACAUGUCUGUAAAUAAAAUAUUAGUGAA